GAUUGGCGAGCAGGCUGAUUGUAUGUAAACAUAGGUAUAUAUAGAAACAAAAAUUCACGACAUCAACGUCAUCAGAAUCGACCCACGGGCCGCAUUCAAACUAAGUUCUGUUAUAUAUUCAUGCGCAGUGUCCGCCAUUGGUGACUUGUUGUUCAUUGCUUACUUCAUUAAUAUUGUACCUGAUUUGGACCAGAAACACAUAGCCAGCACAAACAGAGAGAGGGAUCAGGAUACUGUGUGUUGUGUUAGAGAGCGAUAUACUCCAAACUGGACCUCAAGGUGGAUCAUGUGAUUUUAAAAGUAUUAUUCUUGUCUAGAAAAAUAUGGAUUACACAAUCGUAAAUACGCUCAGUUUGUUUGUUCGUAAUUGUUACCACUAAUACAGACGAACAAAAGAGAAUUAAUCCUUUUUUUCAAAACAGAACAGUUCGCUUCAGUGUAAGACUGUUUGAGAUUAACGAAAAUGGGUGGAUGUACUUCAAAAGGUAAGAACAAAAAGAAUUCGUUUCUUCUUGAGGUCCAUGAGGGACACGAAAUGGGUAUUAACUGUAUGGCUCUCAGUGAAGAUGGGUCCGUGAUCGCAACCGGAAGUGAAGAUAAAACUGCUCGUUUAUGGAGUGCGAAAACCGAAUAUUGUGAAUGUAUUGGUAUACUGAAAGGCCAUGAGGAGUAUAUCAACUGUAUCGUUAUAGAAGACUGCUAUGUGGUGACCGGAAGUGCUGAUAAAACUAUGCGGAAGUGGGAUGUAAGCACGUGUGAAUGCGUGCUCAUCUGUCGAGGGCACACUUCUGUUAUCUACCGAAUGAUCUGCACGGGUGAUUUCCUGUUUACGAGUUCUUACGAUAGGACUGCUCGAUGUUGGGAUUUCGACAAUGGUGAAUGUCUUAGAGUCUUUCGUGGUCACAAACGCGGGGUGUAUCCUCUGAUAUUCAUCCCGGCCGACGACGAAGAGGAUUUGGUCGAUGACCAUGUGGAUUUAGAUGGCGGUACUGAUAUCUUAAUCACGGGGUCUGCUGAUUCUACGGCAAGGUCUUGGAAUUUUGAGACAGGACAGUGCAUGAAAGUGUUUAAAGGUCACACAGGGGCUAUCACGUGCAUGGCAACAGACAAUGUUGGUCGUGUACUUUUCACCGGAAGUACCGAUAACACUGUCCGGAGCUGGAACCUUAUAAAGGCGGAAUCGAUGAAGAUUUUCGAAGGUCAUACAGCGUCUGUGAUAUGCAUGCAAGUUGUCAACAAGAUGAUGUACACAGGAAGCUCAGAUCAUACCGGAAGAGCAUGGGUAACGGAGUUUGGAGACUGUACCCGGGUGUAUAAAGGUCACAAACACACAGUGAGCGUCAUCAAGGUCAGGGACGGGCUAGUGUACACUGCCUGUGGCGACGGCGUUGCCCGUUGCUAUGACGCCAAAUCAGGAUCGCAGAAACGGGAAUUCAAUGGCAGUACGUCCUCAGUCAGCGCUUUACAGGUUGUGGACGGGCGACUUUUUACCGGAUCAUUUGAUGGUUGUCUACGGGUCUGGGACGCCACAGGAAUUAAGGAGGAGACACUCUUUGGCAAGGAGGAAAGUAAAGAUAAAGAGAUGAAGGAAAACGGCCAGACUAAAGGAGGAGGAAUUCAAGAUAAUCAGGUCGACAGUAACCAAAACAACAACAAGAUUAUGAUAGAGUAAGGAGAAAGCCCUCUCAAUACAAAACAUACAGUAUGAUGCCCUUUGGCUGUGUGCUGUGAAUAUUGGUCCCAUAGUCCCGAGUUUUUGAAAAUGUUAAAAUCUCGCUAUUAACCAUUUAACCAAUCAGCGAAGAAUAUAAAAUAUUCAAAUUCACUGCGACCAUAUGACUUUGAUUCGCCUAUUGUGGGAGAACUUGACAUUUGAUUCCUUUUCGGAGAGUGAUAAGUCUACACGCGAUGUAACCGCGGAUUGGUGACUACGUACGUUGAAUCUAUAGCCGUGAUUGAGCUUGGUAGUAAUGUAAUAGUGUCCACUGUUUAUGUAUGACCGUCUGUCUUCGACAGACUAGAUUAUUGUAUGUCAACUUCAUCCAUUUGCAUCUUCAGAUCUUGCACAUCUUUUCAUUUUAUGUAUUUUUCAAAGAAAUGAUUUCUUGGUAUUAAUUUUACAUCCCGAUGAUAAACCUACGGACCCGUCAGAGGUUAACAAACCAAUUGAAUAGAUUUAUAAAAAGUAAGGGGCUAAACUUCAAAAUGAGAAAACGUGUUGUAGAAAAGCAAUUAAAUAUCGACAGUGAAAUUAUUAACGAUUUGGCCACAAAGCAGGAGGCCCAGAGGUCCUUGUGUAAUGUGUUAAGCUCGUGUUGCAUUUUGAGCAUCCGUUUUGUUAACUAUUCCGUCCAAUUCUAUGCAAUGGUUUCGGUUUCAAGAUUGCGUUGCUGUGAAUAGUAUUUCGAAGCCUACAUAAAUGAAUUGUUAAGUUAUUGUGUGACGUCAUCAAGAUUGAAGUCAUUUCGUUGUGUGGUUGAGCCUCCUCACCUGGUUGAGAUCGGGGGUCUUGGUUUGUAUCUCGAUCUGACCCUGCUUUCUAAAAUAGAAAUGCAUUUAACUUUCCUCGGCCUUUUAUUAUACGGUCGUUUCUGGAUGGUUAAUAAACGUCACUUCCGGUCAGACUCAAAAUGGCCGGAUGUAUAUAAACAGGUGAUUUUAUACUCAAGUUUAUAGGUAAAUAAGAAAAUAACGUUUUGACAUUGAAGCCUUAUCUAUUUGGGAAAAUAGUUUAUCAAAUUAGUGAAAGUUAUUUAGAAGUUGAUGAUAAAAUCUAAUGCGAGAUAACGUGACCAUUGUUCAUACAAGUAGUUCAUGUGCAAUCCGGACUGCCCUUUAUUUUUGGUUUGAUAUUAGGGGCUACAUAUCUAAUUAUUGGAUCUGGGUAUGGGGGGGCGAUAUCACCAUCAACAAAACUCGAGAAUUUUAUUACAACGUCUCGGUCAUUUCCGUCGAGACUCAGAUUUGAUUCCGAGCCAACACGGAAUUAACCGAUAUGUUGUAAUUGUGAUGAUGUCAUGAAGGUGCCAUAAGACAUCGGAUAGAACUUGAGAGACAUACCUACUAGAGCCAUCUCUUAAUGAGAUAUGUCUCAGUUUACAGGGGGGAUAACCGAUAAUAUAUGUCUCCAUAUAUGUUUAAAUUUAACCAGGAUAGGAGAGUUCCUCGACUUUAUAGAGAAAGUCAGGAAUUAAUAGACGAAACAAAUUACGUCACAAAUUAAGGGAGAUAACCCAUAAUUCUAAAAGUAAAAAAUUGAAAAUGAAGGGCAAUAACUCUUUUUUAUCGCUAUUCAAAAGGGAAUAUCGUAUAAUUUUACCAAGUACCAGCAGGGGAGAUAACUCAUUCAAUAUAUAAGGGAGACAACCCACUGAUCUCUAUUAAUGUGUGAAAACACAUAGUCCGUCAUAAUACUGCUUUUAUAUAUUAACGAAUUUUGAUAAAACAUUUAGUGUAACUGUGUAUUAUGUUCGGUGUGGUGUGUAGUUAGAUGUACAUAUGUAUUUAUAUAGAACUUUUAUAGAAUGAUGAAUGGCUACUAAUUAAAUGUCACGGUAUUGCAUUGUCUUUACCCCCGUCCAUUUUUGCUGAUUUUUUUCUGUAAGAUACAUUUCUCCAUUUUUAUCUCGUUUUUCUCAUACUUUUGUUUUAAUUGGAAUUGUUUUGUGUCAAAUAUUCUGAAAUUAAUUUGGUGACUUAUUUGUACAGUUCAUUUUAAUUAACAUCUACAUGUACAUUUUAAGGUAAAAAUUAUGUUCAUUACAAA